AAAGUGCUCCGGUAAUGGGCAUCCCUUGUUCGUUACCACCUGCAACUGGCUUCAUACCUUAACAACCUGUUCGCUCGACCUUGUCCUCUACCUCUUGAUUCUGCUAUCUCAGUACUAUGGGCCGUUCACUCGAGUCUGAGGCAAACAGCCUCACUGUCCGGGAUAAUAGGACUGGCAAGACUUUUAAUAUUCCAAUCGUGGAUAAUACCAUCUCUGCGACGGCCUUCAAGGCAAUUGCUGCACCGAGGAAGGAAGGAGAACGCGAAGAGAACGAGACGGAAAAGGGGCUGAGGGUGGCGGACAAGGGAUUUUUGAAUACUGCGGUCAUUCAGAGUCAGAUCACGUAUAUUGAUGGAGAUGCUGGAGUGUUGCGAUACCGUGGAUACCCAAUCGAACAGCUAGCAUUGCACUCUUCGCACCUUGAAACCUCAUACCUCCUCAUCUAUGGCCAUUUGCCUUCGAGAGAACAGUACAAAGUUUUCGAAAGCGAGAUCAUGCAUCACAGUAUUGUGCAUGCCGAUGCCGAGGGCUUCUUCCGCUCUUUCCGCUAUGACGCGCAUCCAAUGGCCAUCCUUACCAGUGCAUUCUCGUAUCUGGGCUCAUACUACAGCGAGGCAAACCCAUCGCUGCAAGGACAAACGUUGUUUACGAAGGGGGAUCAUAACUCACUCGCGAAUAUGGACAAGCAGAUCUUCAGGCUCAUUGGGAAGGCAACAACACUUGCUGCUAUGGCCUACCGAAUCCGACAAGGCCGCGAUUUCGUGACUCCUCCCACCGGUCUCAGCUACACCGGCUCUUUCCUCUACCAAAUGGACCAUUUAGGUCAAGAGAACUACCGGCCAUCACCUGUGCUCGAGAGAGCACUGGACGUUCUGUUCCUCUUGCACGCAGACCAUGAGUUGAACGCGUCAUGUACCACUGUGUUGCAGACGGGAAGCUCGCUCGUGGAUCCCUAUUCUGCUAUUGCAGCUGGAUGUGCUUCGCUAUACGGGCCUCUCCAUGGUGGUGCGAACGAGGCUGUCAUCAGGAUGCUCAUCUCCAUCGGCAGUCCAGAAAAUGUCCCAGCAUUCCUCGAGUCUGUUAAACGGAGAGAGAAGGUCCUGUCCGGGUUCGGGCACAGGGUUUACAAGACUUCGGACCCUCGAUCGUUCAUCAUACGCAAGACCGCGGACGAAGUAUUCAAAGUCACGGGCAAGGACGAACUUUUGGACACUGCGAUGGCACUUCACGACGCUGCUAUCAAAGACGAGUUCUUUGUCAAGAGGAAGUUAGCCCCUAAUGUUGAUUUCUGGAGUGGCUUGAUCUACCGCGCAAUGGGGUUCCCACUGGACUUCUUCCCCGUACUUUUUGCUGUCCCUCGAGUUGUGGGUUGGCUCGCACAUUGGAGACAGAUGAUGCUCCAGUCUGGUGGUGUCAAGAUCUGGCGUCCACGACAGGUAUACGUCGGGGCAGGCAAGCGUGACUUCGUUCCAAUUGAGGAGCGAAAGCCGGUUGAAGGUCCCAAGCAGGCGCCUACCCCCGUGAUGCAUUCUGGCAUCACGAAGAGGACGGCUAUGGCGGAAUUCAAGGGGAAGACCAAGCUCUGAUGAGUGGUGCGGGACGAGAGUAAUUCAUGUGGAUCCUUGAUAGUGCAUGAUGUUGUGUUGUCUAUCUUAUUUGUCCUUGCUCGAGUGCAAUAGUGACCAAAGCUUCAGUAAACAUUCGAAAAGGACUACCACGUAGGCAAACUACAAGUAAAGGGAAAACAAUAUGGGCAAGAAAUUCCGCUUGACUACUCCGGCCGAUGCAUCAUCGUGUUAAACAUGUCCGCCAGCCUCUGCGCUGCACUCUCUGGGUGAAUGAACACCUGCAGAUUGUCCCACGUUUCCUGUGCCUUCCCUCCCGCCCUUGUGAACAUCUCUUCCUCGAAGGCCCGUACAGCCUUCCACACUUUCUCCUUAUUCCAAGCCUUUUCCCCUUCUUUUAGCGCGUCCCUGAGUUCCUGAGCCAACAUCAUCGCAUCCGCCAUCGCCAGGUUGACACCCUCGCCAGCAAACGGCGUCAUCAAGUGUGCCGCGUCUCCCAACAACGUCGCGCCUGCCCUCCCUUCCCAGCUGUGGUUAGGUGGAAACAUGUACAUCACCCUCGGAACGAUUGUAUCGUCAUCUGCCUCCGUGAUCAACGCCUUCAACGUCUCGUCCCACCCUGAGAAAGACUUCGACACCAUCUCCUGCUUCACCUUCUUCGCGUCCCUCCAAUCUAUCCCGCACGUGGAUACCCAAUCUUCGGGGACGGGUAGCAUAGCGUAAACACGGAUGGAGUUGUCGCCGUUGCGUUGAGCACAGAGGACGUACGAGUCUUGAAGGCCGACGAAAGUCCCUUGGCCGACGAGGGAUGCAACGGCAGGGUUUCGAGUCGAUACCUCCCGAUGGCGGACUUCGAGGCAGGAUAUGCCUGAAUAAUGAGGUUUCACCUGUGUGACGAGUGGUCGGGCCUUCGACCAUGCGCCAUCCGACCCGACGACCAAGUCGACCUUGGUGACCGGAGGCGCAUUCUCGAAAGUCAAAGUGUACGUCCCAUCUGCUUCCUGCGAGGCCGAUGCGAGCUUAUGUCCCCACUUGACAGUUUCCUCCGGAAUCGACCUUAACAACAUCUCCCUCAGCCUCUCUCUAUCCACCUCUGGUCUCGUCCCCUGACCUGGAAUCCUGUGUUCUUCGUCGGCCACCUCCUCAUAGAAUAUCUUCCCCGUUGCAUCUGUGAUCUUCAUCGCUUCACCCUCGGGUCGCAUGAUUUUCUGGAACUCCUCGUAUAAUCCGGCCGCUUUGAGGGCUGCCUGCCCCGAAUCUUCGUGCAGGUCGAGGGACCCGCCUUGUUCGAAGCGGUGCGUAGGCGAGGGGUCGAGUUCAUAGAUUGUGGUGGGGAUGGAUGAGAGGUGAAGGAUGCGAGAAAGCGUGAGACCGGCUGGGCCAGCCCCAAUGAUAGCAAUGUUGGGGAAGAUGUUAGACGGGGUGGGUGCGGCCAUAGUCGUGUUACUGGACGGAAAUGCGAUAGGGGUGAACGUGAGGGUGAAGACUAUAUAGGCGGUAUGAAAUCAAUGGAGCUAGCACUUUGGUAACAGGGCGUCUGAGGGGACCGAUUUCGAGAUAAUAUACGGCAACAUGGGUUUAAUAUAUGUGUCUAUCGACCUCAGUAGAAGGGUCGAACGCGUAAGCUCUCAGGCAGGUAUGGCACGGAGUCAUCAGAAGCCUGAGGCCGAGCAGUAACGGCUUCCUCUGGACAAGCCGAGGGUCACGCGUCGUUGAUGCCAGACGGCCCCGACGCCACGAUGAUUCUGCUUGAGUCCUUCCGCGUGUAAGAGAUGUACGGUGUGAAAGAGUCGAGUCGAGUCAAGUUCUUGCUACGU